AUGACGAUUCCAUUAUCUCGGACUCAACUAGCCCUGUUUUUCAUCCUCUUGUGUCCGGUCAAUAUCAUUGGGUUAUGGUGGGCAGUGGGGAGCCCUCUGGUCAUGGACCCCAAUAGUAUCUGUCGGAAGACCAAGCGACUAGUGGGCAAGCAGGCUGAGCUGUGCCAGAACCAGCCAGAGAUCGUCCACGAGGUCGCCAAGGGUGCCAAGCUGGGUGUGCGGGAGUGCCAGUACCAGUUUCGUUUUCGCCGCUGGAACUGCACCAGUCAGAACAAGUACUUUGGCAAAAUACUCCAACAAGACAUCCGGGAGACAGCGUUUGUGUACGCCAUCACAGCGGCUGGGGUGACCCACACGGUGACUCAGGCCUGCAGUAUGGGGGAGCUGCUGCAGUGUGGCUGUGAGGCAACCAGGAGCAGGGCUCCCCCCCGGCCAGCCUCCUCCUCCACCACCACCUCUGGCGAGGGAGUCAAGUGGGAGUGGGGUGGCUGCGGAGACGACGUGGAGUUUGGCUACGAGAAGUCCAAGCAGUUCAUGGAUGCCAAGAGGAAAAAGGGCAAGAGUGACAUCAGGACGUUGAUCGAUCUCCACAACAACGAAGCAGGACGACUGGCGGUGAGGAAUUAUAUGAGGACUGAAUGUAAAUGUCAUGGCCUGUCCGGGUCUUGCACACUCCGGACCUGUUGGAAAAAGAUGCCUCACUUUCGCGAGGUGGGUGAUCGCCUGCUGGAGCGGUUCAAUGGAGCUUCCAAGGUGAUGGGAGGCAACGAUGGCAAGACCCUGGUUCCCGUAGGCCAGAACAUCAAGCCUCCGGACAAACAGGACCUGAUCUACUCGGCCGAGUCGCCCGACUUCUGCUCGCCCAAUAGGAAGACGGGCUCACUGGGCACGCGGGGCCGCAUGUGCAACAGCACAGCCAUGGACGUGAGCGGCUGUGACCUGCUGUGCUGUGAGCGUGGCUACCGGGACGAGACAGUGGUGUUCGAGGAGAACUGCCUCUGCCGCUUCCACUGGUGCUGCGUGGUGCAGUGUAAGAAGUGCUCGGUGAGGAAAGAACUCAGUCUCUGUCACUAG